AUGGGCUCGGUUAUGGCUGGUACACCUGAUGAUACCAAGGGUAAUGAGACCCUUGAUAUUACGGUAGAGUUCACGUUCGUCCCCCAGGAAAGAAUUUUAUACCGGAGCAAUAGAACUAAUUAUACAAUCGCUUUCAGAGGAGGCCUUGAGAUGCUAUUCUCAAAUCAAAGGGUUCAUAAGAUUGCACUACCGUCCUGGGACCCAAGCGGAUCUGCUGCGAAUAUCAGCUUCUUAGUCAAAUACUUAAUCGAAAACGUGAUGAAAGACCCGAGAAAAGAGCUAUUCGUGGUUGAUGAUGCAGUGUUAGCAUACCAUUACUGGAAGCUAGAAGGCCGAUAUUAUGGAAAUGAGGCUAACAUCUUUAAUUCAGACGACCUGGCAUAUUAG